AUGCCAGCUAGCGAGGAGCAUGCCUGGCAAGAACUUGGGCUUGACCAGGAGAUAUCUGCAGAGAAAGUGAACAGUUACAGAGGAGCAGCAAAAAUUCGCCUACAGCAUUUUGCUUUUAACAGGAAUAUUCCAGACGUUCGAACGAUUCGCGAAAGCCAUAUCAAAGCUCUCGUAAACACAUUUGAAUCAGAGGGCUGCCUCCGCCUUAAUCCGGAUAACUUUGUAAAGGUGCUAAUUAGUGAUGAAAUUCUGCAACAAUCUUUAAGCAGACAGAGCUUGAGUGAGACUGACCUGUUUGAACCUGGAGAACCUCAUAUGCUAGAUCUCCCUGAGAAUGUUAAGCUCCCAGUUCUUCAUGGCAAACAUCGGCUGUUAGCGGCAGAACGCUUCCUCUGGGACAAAUGGUGGAUAGCUCACCUAUACAGUGAUGAUCUCCCUCCACGUACACAGGAGUUUAUUGAAGAGGAACACCCUAACGCCCACACAUACUGCGACGGCGAUAUUUAUCGGAACAUCAGAUAUCACCAGAGAAAUGGCAAUGUGGACUCAGAGAUAAAGUGGAGAGCCCAUCUUAGUGAAGGCAGUCGGCGAGAUUUGGCACGGAUGGAGAAAGAUUUUAAGCGGAUUAAGCGAGGCUUGGAUAACUUACUGCCAUUUGUAGGGCUCUGGAAAUCCCUUAAACUCUCAUACCUGGGUCGCUGGCUCUCAGUAUUAUGCCCAGAGGAACUGACUCGUUACUUGGAGCGCCUCUACAGGCAAUGCGACAACAUUCUAGGAGGUUAUUCACCAGAAAUUCUAGACCCUAACACCGUGACCCUACUCGAGACACUCAUGCCGGAGUGCUCUCUCCAUGACAGGGCUCUUAUUGAGGAAAUGAUGGAGCGUAGGAAAAUCUUCCCUACCCUUGAAUCUCCGAGUGAUCGUCAAGUCAUUUUGAAUAGGAUCCUGCGUACAAGUGGAAGAAUCCUGUCUCUCCACACGUUCACGAGGGACUUUAUCUAUUUUGAAGCCUGUUCUAUUGCACUACGAAAGCUCCUACCUCACACAUCCAAACGAACAGUCUCCAGCGGGUUUCUGCACAGCUACAAAGGAAUAAACCAACAUCCUGGAUUAUGUCGCAUCCAAACGGAGGAGGCUAGCUUUAACCAUCAUUUUGGCAGCUCAAGCAUUAACCCCAAUAUUGGGUACCGCCAACUCUUUCUGGCUGUCAUGCGUGACUUUCCUGUUCUUAGUAAUCUCGCACCGUACCGCGAUGUGAGGAAACUUAAACCGGGCCGUCAUGGCACUGAGUCGGAAAGUUUAUUCAAGCUGGCUAAGCUCGCCUAUGAACUUGGCUUUGAUACACCCCAAGUAAAGGAAAUCCGGGACUGGGCUGCGCCAAAUCAAGAUCAUGCAGUUGCUCGAGACUUUCUCCAGCAGGUCCGCCCGCCAACGUGGUAUGUUGUGGACACAAAAAAGGCUGAAGACCUCACUAGCUACAUUGGAGAGAAUUUACCUGCUAUGGCGAGACUGCGAGCAGCUCAUGGGCGGCCAAGGUUUACUACUAACCUUGAAAACCUUUCCAAAAAAUUCCGCUGUAGCCGACCAUCAUCCAAGCAUUAUGAGAGCGAUCGAAAAUUUUUAUAUAUUGACGUCAUGUACAAUUAUAACCCGGUUCCACAGGCAUAUGCAACGUCUCUUGCAAUCCAACGUGACAUAUUUGUUUCUUACUUCGGGGAGUAUGAUCUGCCACCAUUAUCGGGUGAACCGGUGACGGAAGACCGCGGCUCCAGUAACACUGCCAGGGUGAACGAUCAUCUACUAGCGGGUGAAUGGGAGCCUGAUCAGAACACUGAAUAUAGCUCGACAGAUGAAUAUUUACCGCGAGGUGAAGAUGGACUUGGUUCUCUCGUUGAGUCGGGUAUUCGGGCCGAACAGGCAUCCCCAUCAUUUGUAACCGCUUCCAUUUCUACUGGAUCUAGCGCUGCGGCAGUGAGACCAGAAACAUAUGAUCUGGAUAAUUUAUCGGAUUGGGCUUGGGACCCUCAUGAUACUGCAAUGAACGAGUUUCACGCUGUCGAGAGUCGACGACCAUCAAGUACGGUGAAGCAGAUCUUGUCCGAGGACGGGCUGAUAGUCGUUUAUGCCUGGGAGAGAAAAGAGUACGCGAAAUUCUCUACAAGCCCUCAACAACGGUCGGUAUUUGAAAAAUUCACUGGCAAUUUAGCAAACCAGGAGCAGCGAUUCGUCCUUAUUCGUGAGGACCGUAGGGUUGUUGGUUGGGCCAAGACCAAGGCUGUCGGACCUGGGGGAACCAUUACGACACUUGAUAGGCCGGGACCCUUACAAAUUCAUUGA